UUGGCCUUUCUCCUACCUUCUUCGUAUCAUUCUUUCUCCUCCUCCUCCGCGUACGUGAACUGAAUUUUCUAUCUCUUCAAUCGAAAUGGCCGAACCCAUGGAAGAAUCUCAUGCGAAUUCAUCAGAUGGUUCCGAAGACGAGCUCAUAAGAGAGCUUCUUGACGAUGAAUCUCCUUUUUUCCUCCUACCCAAAUCCAUCGAAUCCCAGCCGUCCAUUUCAAUGGGACCCGUCAGGAGCCGUCUCCUUUCAACGAUCUACUCAGGACCCACGAUAGACGACAUCAAGAACGCAUUAUCCACACCUAACCGGCCCACCGGAACCGACGAUCAUAAAACUUCCCGAUCGACAGUUCUGACGAGUGAAAAGGGAUUGAGUAAGAUGGAGAAUAAGUAUACGUUGAAAAUCAAAAGCAGUGGAGAUGGAAUGGCGGAUGAUGGUUAUAAAUGGAGGAAAUAUGGGCAGAAAUCAAUCAAGAACAGUCCAAAUCCCAGGAGUUAUUACAGGUGUACUAACCCAAGGUGCAGUGCCAAGAAACAGGUGGAGAGAUCCACGGAAGAUCCGGAUGCACUUAUGGUCACAUACGAAGGGCUCCACCUCCAUUUCACCUACUCUCACUUUCUCUCCACUAAAAGAACAAAGACAGACACCUCACCCAAAGGACCCCAACCCCAAUUGGGCCCCACAUUGUUGGGGCCAGAGACAAUUCAGCCACAAAAAGCCCCACCUAGAGAGGAGGCCGGCCCCACUAAUAGGGCCCCACAAGGGUUGCUUGAAGAUGUUGUACCGUUGAUUAUUAGAAAUCCAUUCAACAAUCCCACCCUAUCAGGUGACCCUUGCUUGUUUUCUCACCCUCCAUCUCCCCGUUCUUCUUCCUCCUCUUCAAUCUCAUGGUCACCAAAAUCUACUUCUUUUGAAGUGUAACUUUGAGAUGAGAAAUCUUAAGUGUACUUGCUUGCACAUGCCAACUUGGCAUGCGUGUGAGAGAUCCAAGACAUUCAUUUUUUAUAGUGUACACUCAGACCAUACUCUAAACCAAAACAAAACAAAAAAAAAAAAAAGGUCAGUCCACUCAUCAGGAAGACUACCCAGAGUAUUUUGGAAGUGGACCACUAAUCAAUGUUUACUAACUGUCCAUUUUUCAUGAGUGGUCUCGCCUAACUGAUAAAUGGACCAGAUCCGACACGUGUUUCAGCAUGUGUGUGCAUCUUACACGUGCAAGUAUACUUAUAAAGACAGAGAGGGUGGUACUUUUUGCGUGUGGUGCAGCUGUCUUUCCACAGUACAUGUGACACAUCAAUGUGUCAAUCAGGACUCUCCAUCUAGUGGGGUCCACUAUUGAUGUGGGUGUUCAAAAUAUAUGCAUAGAUCAGAUGAUCCUGUCAAUCUGCUUAGUGGCCUUCAAAGCAAUGGUUAUAAAUAGAAGUGGGGUAAAACCCAAUGAUCAUAGUUUUGUUUUUUUUUUUUUUUUCCUGAGAAGAUGUGAUUGAGAAGUGGGUGUAUGAUGGAAUAACAGAACCGAGUAUAUAUUUAUAAAUGCGAUUUUUCUAGACUCA